AUGGUGGUCACGAGGAGUCAAGCUGGCCUGGAUGAAGAACGCAUCGUGUUCAACCAACGCCCCCGCUCCCCUUCGGCAAUCGAGCAAGCAAACGCUUCAGAGUCGAAUCGACCCGCUGAAAGUCAACCCAGCCCGAACGUGGUUGACGAGUAUACGGGUCGGCAAGAAAUGAACGAGGGCAACAAGAACACCGUCAGCGGGGAAGAUAACCACGUGGCCGCGGCGAGCGUACGCAUCACACAAGCCGUACGUUCGACGCGCUCUCGCAAGUCGAAUGUCAGCGCCAUCGCACGAAUGCAGUACGAGGCGAAACAGAAAACCGUCGCCCUUCAACGGAAGCAGCUGCAAAUGGAAGCGGAACUGAUCCAAAUGAAGUUAGCCGCAGACAUAGCAGCGUUGGAGGAAGGCAGCCAGGACGAAGAAGAUGAACCAGCUGAACGAGUGGAGGAUCGCGUCAACGCCUGGAUGCAGGAUAGCAUGAUCGCCUUACGGGGGGAGACAUCCAGGGUUAAGGCGCAACCACCGGUUCAAGAGAACGUCCACGCCAGAAGAACGAAGCCAUUAGAGAAGGUGACACGCGUUGAAGAGGACCAUACGCUCCGACUGAAGGAACGAUCGUUCACUCCGGGCGGCAGCCGAGACAUCGAACGACUAGCGGACACACUCGAACAGAUGAUGAAGAGGCGCCCACCGCCGAGACAGGCUACCGAUCUACCCCUGUUUUCGGGUGCGCCCUCCGAGUGGCUACAAUUCGAGGCCGCCAUGAAGGAGACAACGGAGGCAUACCACUUCACACCAAUGGAGAAUCUGGCACGGCUGAGAAAUUGUCUACGAGGGGAAGCCAGGGAAGCGGUAGCGCCCCUGCUAAGCGCCUCCACCCAUCCAGAACAAGUGAUGAACACACUAAAGCAAUGUUUUGGACGGCCGGAGGUGAUAGCAGAUCAAAUGAUGGAAGAGUUGAAGCAUCUACCGAAGCUUGGCGGAUCACCGACGGAGCUCAACACGUUCGCUGUGAAGAUGCAGAACGCCGUCGUCGUGUUAAAGAAGUUGAGAAUGGGUUAUCUCCAUAACCCGUUAAUGCUUAGGGAGGUGUUGGAGAAACUCAGCCCACAUCAAAGGGCCCGGUGGUACGAUUAUGCAGAGUCAGAAGCAGAAGCAUCGGACCAACCGGAGAUCGUGCUGCUGUCAGAGUUUCUGAUUAAGGAAGCCAACCGAGCACUGAAAUUUGGCUUCACCACUGCUCUGGCCGGGAAAAAGGAAGCAUCACGGCCGCCCUUGAAGUUUAUCGAGAUGAAAAAGAAGAAGCCGGUCUACACGAUAUGCAGCGAGGAUAAAGAAGAGGAGGCUGGCCCAUCCAACACGUCGGAGGACGCGAACAAUUGCCCGACGUGUGGAAAGAGACAUUCACUUCCCAAAUGCUACAAGUUCGCUAAACUGAAGAACGAAGAGCGCUGGGACGUCGUAAGAAAAGCCAACCUCUGCUUCAAAUGUAUAUCCGGCAAGCAUAGGAGAUUUAACUGUCGAGCGAAGCGCUGCGGCGUGGAUGGGUGUAAAUUAUCCCACCAUCAGCUGCUUCACAAUAAAGAAGUCCAUAAAGCCGAAAAGGAAACGGUGUCUACACUCACAGCCACCGAUGAAGAUACGGACGAGGUCGUCGUUCCCGAGGAAGAGAACAUUAUGGCUGUCGCUGCAACCGCUAACGAACGUGAAAUCAAAUUGAAGAUCUGCCCGGUGACAGUAAGCGGGCCGAAAGGGAAGCUGCGAAUCUUCGCGCUAUUCGACGAAGGAUCUACAGUGACCUUGCUGGACGAAAAGGCGGCACUGAAGAUAGGCGCUAAGGGACCCAUGAAAACCCUAAAUAUGCGCGGCAUCAACACCGAACGAUGCGAGACGAAGAGCCAGCAGAUCACAUUGAAGAUUAGUGGCCAGGACAGCAGGGAACACGAUAUCACCGUACGAACAGUCCCUGGUCUGAAGCUAACGGGCCAGAGUGUAUCGGAGGAGCUGCUGCAGUUGGGGCACCUUAAGGACCUCAAACGAGAAGAGUUGUGCUACGCGGGAGCAAAACCGCAACUGCUCAUCGGUAGCGACAACUGGCAGCUGAUAGUUUCAAGGGAGCUGCGCAUAGGCAAGAAGGACCAACCGGCCGGUUCUAAAACACAACUUGGCUGGGUGAUCCAUGGCAGCCUCCCUAGAAGAAUCCUCAAAAUGGAUGCGGAAGAAGUUCUUCACGUCGUGACAACGGAAUCACUAGAUACGAUGGUGAAAGCUCACUUCGAGAUUGACGCCAUCGGUAUAUCGCAGAAGGUGAACGUCAAUGAAGAGGCACGACGGGCGAUGAACAUAUUUGACAGCACUGUUCGCCAACGUGAAGACGGGCAUUUUGAAGUGGGGCUACCGUGGCGCAACGAUAACACCAAGUUGCCGCCAAGCUACAACAUUGCUCUACGGCGACUCAAGAAUCUAGAGACGAGAUUGGCCAAGUCCGCUGAUGAAAGGCGACAAUACGACGCGCAGGUGGCCAAUCUUCUGAAGAAGGGGUACGCCGAGAAAUGCGAUGGAUCAGAAGCCGGCAGUCCAGUGGCUUGGUACCUACCGCAUUUCCCUGUACGCAACAUCAACAAGCCAGGGAAAAUUAGGAUGGUAUUCGACGCGGCAGCCAAGUCACACGGCAAGUGCCUAAACGACUUCCUUCUGGAGGGACCUGACCUAUUCCGAUCGUUGCCAGCCACUUUAUUUAGAUUCCGGGAAGAAGCAGUGGCGGUAAAGGCUGACAUCGAGGAGAUGUUCUUGAGGGUCAAGAUCAGAAAAGAAGAUCAGCCAGCACAGAUGUUUCUAUGGAGGACCGACCGACGAGCACCGCCCACGGCGUAUAAAAUGACUUCGAUGAUAUUCGGGGCGGCUAGUUCUCCGUUUCUGGCGCAUAGCGUUCGAAACAGAAACGCUCAAAAUUUCGCAAGUUCUCAUCCCGAAGCCCACGUUGCCAUAACCGAGGCACACUACAUGGAUGACUACGUGGACAGUUACAAGGACGAGCGAGAAGCGGAAAAGGUGAUGCACCAAGUGGACUACGUGCAUCGCCAAGCUGGAUUCCAGUUGCGAAGCUGGGAGAGCAAUCGCAGAAAAGUAUUACGGGACAUACCCAGCGAGUUACGGGCACACGGCGCGACACAGGCCAUAACUAAAAACGACAGUUAUGAGAAGACGCUAGACCUGUUAUGGGACUCGGCGAAAGACGUACUUAAAUUUAGUACGUCGUUAAAUCGAGUAAACAAGGAGGUCAAAGACGGGAAACGACCACCAACAAAGAGGGAAGCCCUAAGCGCGGUAAUGAGUAUAUAUGAUCCGCUGGGGCUGUUAAGUUGCUACACCAUCACUGCCAAGAGCGAACUACAGAACCUGUGGCGACAAAAGUUGGGCUGGGACGAAAGAAUACCCACGGCGUCCGCUGAAGUAUUCGCUGAGUGGCUAAGAAGUCUGGAACACAUUAGCCAUAUCGAGCUGCAGCGAAGCUACAACGGGGGAGCCCAGUACGGAAUCGCCAACUGCAUGUGUUCUGCGACGCAAGCGAAGAUGCCUACGCAGCGGCCGCUUAUUGGCGGCUAG